GCAGCUUGCAGGUGAAACACUAUGAGCAAGCAUAUAAUAAAGCAUGAAGCUCUACCUCGAGCACAAUCGCUUCAAACCAUUGAACGAUGUACACCCUACUUCUAGCACUUGCCCUGUUAGGGCCAAGCUUCAUAGAUGCGUGUGGAAAGCGCCCUUAUGGCACGUCGCGAGUGGUGAAUGGCGACAACGCGCAGCAACAUUCGUGGCCAUGGCAGAUCAGUCUGCGAGUCAACGGUCGACACAUCUGCGGGGGGUCCCUGAUCGCGAAAGACUGGGUCGUGACUGCUGCACAUUGCGUUGACAGGAACCCCACACCCAGCGGCUACACUGUUGUUGUAGGUGCGCAUCACCGCACUGGAAACACACCUGUUCAAAAUACCUUCCGACUCAAGCAACUCUUCAAGCACGAGCAGUUCAGCAUGCGUCACUUGAAAAACGACAUAGCACUUCUUCAGCUCCAUGAACCGGUCAAGGCCAGUGACAAAGUCAACACCGUCUGUCUACCUAGCUCGGGAAGCCGCGCGCAGGCUGGGGCGAGGUGUUAUAUUACAGGAUGGGGGCGUACGGUGGGCGGUGGCUCGGCUGCCGGUAUUCUCCAACAAGCCAUGCUUCCCGUUGCUGGUGACUCCGAUUGCCAGAGAACGAAUGGAAGACUCGUCCCCGUGGACUCGACGAGCAUGAUCUGCGCCGGUGGACAGGGGAAAGGCGGUUGCCAAGGCGACAGCGGUGGCCCGUUCGUGUGUGAAGAGGGUGGCAAAUGGGUACUUCGAGGCGCGGUCAGCUGGGGCCAUUCCAUGUGCAGAACAGAUCACUACACCGUAUUCGCUCGCAUCAGCAACUUUGUUAGCUGGAUUAACGGCAAGAUGGGCGGAGGUGGCGGAGGUGGAGGAUCUUGUGCGGAUAGGCACCAAAGAUGCAAAUACUGGAAAAGAUAUUGUAGCUGGCAUCGUUAUGUUCGACAAGCCUGCAAGAAGACCUGCAAACUUUGUUAAGAGGUUCUAUCAAGAUUUCCCCUGGUAAUCCCUAUUUGAAAAAUUGAAAUAAACAGAAAGCAACACA